UUUGAAAGAGAAUUCGCGUAGAGUUUAUACCAACAGGGGACAAAAUAGUUAAAAUGAGUAAACCGAUUAGUGUAAUCCAAGAAUGUGGGCUAACGGGAGAUGAUGUGUGGAUGGUUAGUAUAGUAGACCGUUAUAGAAGUAGGCCUAAUAAUAGCACUUUUAAUGACAUGUGCAUAGCAACGUUUGUGUCUGAAUAUCGUCUUUUAAACCGAAAUGAAAAGUCAAAAAAUGCAAUACAAUUACAAAGGGGAUUAGGGUUUAUUCUUAAAAGAACGCGAACAAAACCCGCUGUAGUUCGUUAUGCGCGCUUUUCAAAAACAAAAACCCCCGAAUUAUAUUUUAAAAGCCAGUUACAGUUGUUUUUGCCAUACCGCGUAGAAGAUGACUUAAAAGCUGCUGAUUGUGAAACAUUUGAACAAUUUUAUGAAAAUGGUUCUGUGAUCUUUAGUGAUGGAUCAGAACACACGGUGAAAUCUGUCGUCGAUACGAAUAGGAACAAAUUUGAGGUAGAAGAUUCCGAAGAAUUAGAAGAGUUGCAAAAGAAACUUGAAAAUGAGGGUGGCCCUGAAGUUGCCUGGGGAAAUCUGUGCCCCGAAAAAGAAGUAGAGCGUUUAGAGUGUCAAGAAGAAAUUAGAGAAAAAGAACAGACACCUGCGGAAGAUGCAGAGGAAAUAGGUCGGGAACUCGUCGACAACAUUCCAGAUUUGGCUGUUAGGAAUGAUCAGGUGUGUCAAUUAGAAAAGAACAAUAAUGUAAUUAGUAGGCGUGAGGGCUUAGAAUUAAUUAGAUCUCUGAAUGAGAUGCAGCUGUCAGUCUUCUAUAAAAUCCGUAAUUGGUGUUUAGAUAAAGUCAAUGGUAGAAACCCAGAACCCCUCCAUGUGUUUAUAUCUGGAGGAGCUGGAGUUGGAAAGAGCUACCUAGUUAAAGCGAUUCAAUACGAGGCCACAAGGUUAUUGUCACCAAGUUGUCAGAAUCCAGAUAAUAUUUGUGUUUUAUUAACGGCUCCGACCGGAAUAGCUGCUUAUAAUUUAAAGGCAGCGACUAUCCACAGUACAUUUGGCAUUGGCAAAGACGUGAGCCUACCUUACACACCUUUGAGUGAGGAAAAGCUCAAUUCUUUGCGUGUUAAAUAUAGUGACUUGCAGAUAGUCAUAAUUGAUGAAAUCUCCAUGGUCAAUCAUAAUCUAUUGGCUUACGUCCAUGGCAGAUUAAGACAAAUCAAACAAACUGGUGACUAUAACGCUUUCGGUAAUGUGAGCAUAAUUGCGGUCGGAGAUUUUUAUCAGUUGCCCCCAGUAAAAGGAAAAGCGUUGUAUAUACAAGACGUACAAAUGAACUUGUGGUCUAGUUUAUUUGAGCUUGUUGAGUUAAAAACAAUCGUUAGGCAAAAAGAUGAAGAAUUUGCGCGAAUAUUAAAUAGAAUGCGAACGCAUAAAAAAGGUACGCCAAUGUUAGCUGACGAUAUAAACGUCUUAAAACGGUGUGAAACAGGUGAAGAGAGCACAGCCUUGCACAUCUUUGCUACAAAUUCCCAGGUUGAUGAAUAUAAUGAGGAACAGUUAAUGAGCAUAUGUCCUGACCACAUAGUUAUAACUGCACAGGACUUUGGUUACAAUAAAAAAACUGGUAAAUUAGAGUUAAAGCCAGAUCAUCAUAUUAGGGCCAAGAAAACAGCUUUACAAAGAGAGCUGUUAUUGGGUAAAAAUGCUCGAGUCAUGUUGUCUCAAAACAUAGAUGUAAAUGACGGUUUAGUAAAUGGUGUAUGUGGCACAGUGAUAUACAUAGAACAGCCUGAUAAGAAUAUGUUUCCUCCCAGAGUAUAUGUAAAAUUUGAUGAUGAUAAGGUAGGCAUAAAGAGGAAGAAACAAACCAUUUACCCAUCAGCAGAGUUAAUGGGUUCAGUACCAAUUGAACCUCAGGAAGAGAGAGCCAAUAAAAAAGGCCUGAGACGACAGUUUCCUUUAAAGUUAGCUUGGGCCUGUACUGUACACAAAGUACAAGGCCUUACAGUAGAUAGUGCUGUUGUCUCUUUAGCUAAGGUCUUUGCACCAGGACAGGCAUAUGUGGCAUUAAGCAGAGUUAGAAGCCUGUCUGGUUUAAUUAUUCAAGAGUUUAAAGAAAAGUCUGUUUAUUGUAAUGACAACAUUGAACAAGCGAUUGCUAAUAUGCCACCAUUUAUAACUGAAAGCCACACAGUAGUAAAAGAUGGUUUUAGUGUAUUUCUAAUGAAUGUUCAAAGUUUAAAUCGCCAUGUCUCAGAUUUGGCCCACUGUGCACAGCAUUUGCAGCCUAACUGUAUUGCUGUGACAGAGACAUGGAUACCUGCUGAUGUUAGCUUAGAUUCUGUAGAAAUCACUGGUUAUAGGUUUAGUAAUGCCCCACGUAGUUUAGCCUAUCAUAGCGAUAAUCCAGUGUUAAUGUCCCUUAAAGGCCAACAACAUGGUGGCGUUGGCAUGUACUGUGACAGUAAUUUAGAAUUUGAAAGUGCCACAGUAGCCGGUUUAAAUAUAGAGUGUUUAGCUGUAAAAUGUGUCACAUACAACAUUUUAAUAGCAGCCAUUUACAGGCCACCAUCAUAUCCUGUGUGUCUCUUUUUCAGGCAUUUUGAAGAAUUGUUAAAUGUGUUAGAGUCACAAAGUGGAACCAUUGUUGUUUUGGGCGAUUUCAAUGAGGACAUUUUGAAGUCCUCAACAAUUUGUCAGAAAAUGACAGACAGAGGAUAUGAGCAACAUGUGUCGACAGCCACUACAGAGAAAGGCACCUUAAUUGAUCAUGUUUAUGUCAAAAAUAGUAAUUAUAUUGUAGAAGCGCUAGUGGUGCCUACAUAUUUCAGUGAUCAUGAGGGCAUUAUAUGUUCUUUUAAGUAAGACAGCCCAAAUGCUUAAAACUUAAAUUUAUAUUUUUUUUAAAUAAAUUUAAUCAAAAUGUAUUAAAUGUGCUGCUCUUCACCUGAGUUCCCUGUCUUGAAUAAUUUGUAUGUAGUCAGUAAAUUUUGUCCCCUGUUGAUAUCCUUUACACCUGUACAACGUUAGUCCAUGUUCAUAAGGUAUUCUGUACUUCCUGUCCAGAGAAGAUAGUGAAAAUGUCAAAAUAGUGAGUAGCUUUCUUGUUGGUUGUUGUGUUAAGAAGAAAUGGUUAAAAACGGCCAGAAAAGUUGUUAAAUCUAGUGACCAAAUGGCAAAGUUGGCGAUACAGGUUUUGUAGCUCAUGCCCUCAGUGUGGUUAAGUAGUUAUAUGUUGUUUUAGGAUUGUGCCUCUUGUUCUGUGGGGUUUAUUGAAUAAUAUAAUUUUAGUUGUACUGUAUGUAACUGCUGUGUUUAAGGUUAAUUGCAGGGAUAAUCAAGUGACGCCGGCUAAGGUAUGUAAAAGUACAUUUAACUACUCACUAUCCUACACACACAGUUAGUUUAUUCACACACACUCUUU